CCAACCCCCCCGCCAGAUGCGUGUUAACGCGGCUAGUGCUACUUAACUCUGGGCUUAUCGAACCGAAUAUAUGAUUCAUGCAGAAGGUUUUGGGUUUUAUGAUGACUUAGCGUCAACUACAUUUUCGACAGUAUAUAUCUGCGAAAGGAACGAUCUAAUAUUGUGUUGUCGUUAAAUGUGGCAAGCUGACUGACAAGGGGGCGUUGCCCAGAGACAGCUUCUGAACAUGGAUUAUGAGAGGCGGGGUGGCCGUGCAAACCGCAUGGGCCGCUAUGGCAAAGACACAGAGGACCAUGAUUAUAGGGACAUGGACUACCGUGGCUAUGGACAAGAUAACGGUCUUACCAACGACCGGCAGCACGGCCGGGACGACGGUUUAAGAGGGAUGCCAGAUUUCAGUUCCGGCCACUUCCCUGAAAACCCUGUAGGAUUCAGACAGAGGGGAUUUAGAGGAAUUGAUGGGAACCGACGGGGUAAAGCUUUCCCCCAUAUCCCACCGGCACCGGCGAUGGCCGCACGCUUCCAGCAGGAGGAGCGAGAGUAUCGCUUUGAGGCAGAGCGGGAGGCGCACAGGCGGGACGGUCCGCCUUUUAGACCCGGGCAGAUGCAGCCGGACAACCGAGCCCCACACCUUCCAGAGGUGGGAGAAGAGUGGGCUAGAUUCGUGAGCCAGAGUGGGCCCCCUCAGGAGGACUACGGCACAGCAAGGCAACCCGAAGAAGAGAAGUACUCCAGAGGCAUUGGCCAAGGACGGGGUUUCGCCGGCCAGCACCAGCCAGCAGGGAGAGAUGAGGCCGACGAGGGCGGCUUCCCGCCUGGCUCAGGGGCAGGCCUGGAGGACGCAGAGCUCCAUGACCAGGACUACAGGUCUGAGGGAGAGCAGGUGGAGAGGCCCAGUAACAUCGUCAUGCUGAGAAUGCUGCCCCCAAACGCCACCGUCAGCGAGAUCAGGACCCGGCUACAGGAGCAGGGCGUCCAGCCCCGAGAGGUCCGUCUCAUGAGGAAUAAAUCCUCAGGUCAGAGCCGGGGAUUCGCCUUCGUCGAGUUUAAUCACUUGCAGGAGGCCAGUCGCUGGAUGGAGAGCAACCAGAGAGUCCUCACUGUCCUGGGACAGAGGGUGGCCAUGCACUACAGUGACCCAAAGCCUCGCGCUAAUGAAGACUGGCUUUGCAACAAGUGCGGGGUACAGAACUUCAAGCGGCGGGAGCGGUGUUUUAAAUGUGGAGUUCCAAAAUCAGAAGCUGAGCUCAAACUGCCGCUGGUGCAGAAGGAAUUACCCCAGGGGCAGGUAAAAGACUCAACACAGGGCUUACUGCCUCUUCCCACCAUCUACCAGGCCGCUGCACCCCUCCUGAACAUUAGCACGUCAUCUCAAACAGCAGAGGUGGCCAAUGACACCCUGAUUCUCAGGAACCUGGGUCCUCAUACCACCCUGGAGGCCAUUCUGACAGCCCUGGCCCCAUAUGCCACUCUGUCUCCUUCCAACGUGCGACUCAUUAAAGACAAACAGACACAGCUCAAUCGCGGCUUCGCCUUCCUGCAGCUCACCACCAUCGUGGAGGCGUCUCAGCUCCUGCAGAUCCUGCAGGCCUUGCAGCCUGCGCUGGCCAUCGAUGGGAAGGUGGUGUCUGUGGAGUUUGCCAAGGGCUCCAAACGGGACGUGUUCCCGGCUGAUGGAAGUCGUGUGAGUGCAGCUACAGCAGCCAGCACAGCCAUAGCUGCUGCGCAGUGGGCCGUGUCCCAGACCAGCCAAAACAACCCCACAGAUGCCCCAGCAGGUGACCUCAGCAUGUACCAGCAGCGGGCAGUCCUGUUUGGUCAGGAGGGACCUGAAGGGGGCAGCAUUGAGGGACAAAGCUAUAAAGGUGCUGGUUCCGUAGCGGGGGCGGGGCUGGCCUCCCCUGCUCCAGGGCUAAUGGGAGCCUAUGAGGGACGAGCUGUGGCUACAGCUGCUCCAAUUCCCACUAUAACUGAAGCUCCAGGGGUCAGUUCUUCAGGGGCAGUCACACAGAGCCAUUCUCAGCUGCUCACCACAGCUGCCUACACCCAGCCCAGUCAGGCUCCAGUGUCUCAGCAGGUGGAGAUCAUCGGAAAGCCGCAGCCUGUCACCCCGGGAACAGCUGGAGAGCGCCAGCAGUACCCCGAUCCGGACGUGUCCACUUAUCAGUAUGACGAGAGCUCAGGUUACUACUAUGACCCUCUCACAGGCCUCUACUACGACGCCAACUCGCAGUACUAUUUCAACUCCCACACUCAGCAGUACAUGUACUGGGAUGGAGAGAAUCACACGUAUGUUCCUGCCUCAGCACAAACGCCUCCUGCCAUCGAUGCCACCAUCGAUCCUGCUGCGACAACCUCUGACCCGUUGGCCCCGGCAAACAGCUCCAAGGAGAAGAAGGACAAGCCCAAGACCAAGACCGCCCAGCAGAUAGCCAAAGACAUGGAGCGCUGGGCCAAGUCCCUGAACAGGCAGAAGGAGACCGUGCGCUCGCUGUCCUCCUCGGCUCCCGUGCACGCCCGCCCGGGCGGCCAGGGCCGACCCGACGACCGGCGGGAGUCGGCCAGCGCGGACGCCGGUUACGCCAUCCUGGAGAAGAAGGGAGCCUUGACGGAACGGCCACAAAUUCUCAUCGACCAGAUAAAUCCGCUUGAGGAGAGAGAGCAGGGGAGUCCUCCGCAGGGGCUGGUCGCAGCGUACCGAGGGGAGACGGACAGCGAAGAGGAGGGAGGAGAGAAGGAGGAGCGUCUGACGGACUGGAGCAAGCUGGCCUGCCUGCUGUGUCGGAGGCAGUUUCCCAGUAAAGAGGCGCUGCUCAGACAUCAGCAGCUCUCCGAGUUGCACAAGCAAAACCUUGAGCAGCGGCGUGCGAGGCAGGGGCCCCAGGAAGGGGAGAUGAAGUCCAGGGACCGCGCUGCCGUCCGGAGGGAGAAAGGCCUGUUUCCAGAACAGCCCGAGGUCAAAAAGAGGAAACCCAGCCCCCUGUAACAGCAGAUGGCAAACCUGCUCUCUGCUGCUAACUUUUUGAGCGUACAACAUUGUUCGACGUCUCUCGUGAUUCUUUAGUUCCUUCCGUGCCCAGUUCCCUCUCUGAGAUGGUGUGUGUUGUAAGUCUCAGGGCUCUUGUGCUUGUUAAAACGGGGCUCCUGGCUCACACUGUCUCAACACUCUGAGAGGUGCUAACAAUAUCUUCUUGCACUGGUGCGCUAAUAAUGUAUGUGCUCACACCCACACACAAUACAUUUUUAGUACUGGACUUGUUUUUUUUGUUUUUUUUUACUUGUUUUUUUUUUUUUUUACUUUUAAAGUUCAGUGUGUUAUCUCAGCAUUUAGUUCAAGUUCAGAAGGAAAUCAACAGGGCUGAGUCCCAGAUGGCCAGUUCUGCUUCGAAUGGUGUGAAUUUAAUUUGUUUGACUUCCACAUGGACUGGCGUGAGAUACAAUCGUUUAGGCACAGGAACACCAGUGCGGAUGCACUAAACAGCCUUCUAUGCAUCUGUUGUGCGUUGGAGUACGACAUUUAUGACGGGAGUGACGCACAUCCAGAGCGAAUGUGAAGUGAGAAAUCUGAUCUGACCGGCACCUGCAUGAAGGUGCAGAGCAGAAAUGUUUGACUUAUAUGCUGUACAUAACACUUAAUGAUAGUACAUAAAGUUUUAUGUGACAGAUUA